AUGGAUGUCAGGAUGUUUAGUGGCCGAAGAGUCAAGAGGCAGUUUGUUCACUUAUUUGCCACUUGUUUUAUACUGAGCCUCAUGUUUUUUUGGGGACCUCUCGAUAAUCAUGUUGUAAGCCACAUGAAGUCCUACUCAUACAGAUACCUCAUCAAUAGCUACGACUUUGUGAAUGAUUCACUCUCUCUUAAGCACAGCUCAGCCGAGGCGACUCGCUACCAAUACUUGAUUAACCAUGAGAAGAAGUGUCAAAACCAAGAUGUCCUCCUUUUGCUGUUUGUAAAGACUGCUCCUGAAAAUUACCACCGCCGAGCAGCAAUCAGAAAAACAUGGGGCAAUGAAAGGUAUGUCUACUCUCAAUUUAAUGCCAACAUCAAAACACUGUUUGUCUUAGGAACACCUUCUGAUCUACAGAAGAGAGAAGAACUACAAAGAGAACUGUUCUGGGAAGAUCAAAAGUACGAAGAUAUAAUUCAGCAAGACUUUGUUGAUUCUUUCUACAAUCUCACUCUUAAAUUACUUCUGCAGUUCAGUUGGGCAAAUAACUUCUGUGCACACACCAAAUUUCUUAUGACUGCUGAUGACGACAUAUUUAUCCACAUGCCGAAUCUCAUCGAAUACCUUCAAAGUUUAGAACAAAUUGGUGUUCAAGAUUUUUGGAUUGGUCGUGUUCAUCGUGGUGCCCCUCCUAUCCGAGACAAAAGCAGCAAGUACUAUGUCCCCUAUGAAAUGUACCAGUGGCCAGCCUACCCGGACUACACAGCUGGAGCAGCCUACGUUAUCUCCAGUGAUGUGGCCUCCAAAGUCUACGAGGCCUCGCUGACACUCAACACUAGUCUUUACAUAGACGAUGUGUUCAUGGGCCUCUGUGCCAAUAAAAUGGGGGUAGUGCCACAACACCAUGUGUUUUUCUCUGGGGAAGGUAAAACUCCUUAUCAUCCCUGCAUCUAUGAGAAGAUGAUGACAUCUCAUGGACAUGUACAGGACCUUCAGGACCUAUGGAAGGAUGCCACAGACCCUAAAGUAAAAAUGAUUUCGAAAGGUUUUUUUGGUAAGAUAUACUGCAGGUUAACUAAAAUCAUUCUCCUUUGCAGACUCCACUAUGUAGACACAUACCCUUGCAGGGCAGCUUUUGUCUAG